AUGGCUGGGGAUCAACUUAAAGUGCUUAAUGCACUUGAUCUUGCAAAAACACAAUGGUAUCAUUUUACUGCAAUUGUAAUAGCAGGAAUGGGUUUCUUUACAGAUGCAUAUGAUCUUUUCUGCAUCUCUCUCGUGACCAAAUUACUCGGCCGGAUAUACUACCAUGUGGAACAUAGUGACACCCCUGGCACGUUGCCCCCAAAAGUAAGUGCAGCGGUUAACGGAGUGGCGUUUUGUGGAACCCUCACAGGUCAGCUAUUCUUUGGGUGGCUUGGGGAUAAAAUGGGAAGAAAGAAAGUGUACGGUAUGACACUUAUGAUAAUGGUGAUUUGCUCUAUAGCUUCGGGCCUUUCUUUCAGUAAAGACCCAAAAGCCGUAAUAAUUACACUUUGCUUCUUUCGGUUCUGGUUGGGAUUUGGGAUCGGUGGUGACUACCCACUUUCUGCCACAAUCAUGUCUGAAUAUGCAAAUAAAAAGACCCGUGGAGCGUUCAUUGCAGCAGUGUUUGCUAUGCAGGGAUUUGGGAUCCUAGUCGGGGGUGUAUUUGCUAUAAUUGUAUCAUCGUCAUUUAGGGCCAAGUAUAACGUUCUUCCUUAUAAAAGUGAUGAAAAUGGUUCGACCCCUCAUCAAGCUGAUUAUGUAUGGAGAAUCAUUUUGAUGUUUGGAGCGAUUCCCGCAGGUUUGACAUACUACUGGAGGAUGAAGAUGCCAGAAACAGCCCGAUACACGGCUUUAGUUGCCAAGAAUGCAGAGAAGGCGGCUACUGAUAUGGCCCGAGUUAUGCAGGUGGAUAUCGAAUCCGAUCAAUCAAGACUGGAGGAAAUCACAGAAAAGGAUUCAAAUCAGUUCGGUUUGUUUACAAAACAGUUUCUUCGCCGGCACGGGCUUCACUUGCUCGGGACCACCACCACCUGGUUCUUACUCGACAUCGCGUUUUACAGUCAAAAUUUGUUUCAGAAGGAUAUUUUUACUGCAAUUGGGUGGCUUCCACAUGCUGCAGAUAUGAGUGCAAUCGAGGAAGUUUUCAAGAUUGCCAAAGCUCAAACUCUAAUCGCGCUUUGCAGUACUGUUCCUGGAUACUGGUUUACCGUUGCUCUAAUUGACCAUAUCGGUAGAUUUGCUAUUCAAUUAAUGGGAUUUAUAAUGAUGACAAUCUUUAUGUUUGCACUAGCAAUCCCUUAUGAUCAUUGGACAAAGCAUGAAAACAGAAUGGGUUUUGUGGUGAUGUACUCUUUGACUUUCUUCUUUGCUAACUUCGGCCCAAAUGCCACCACAUUUAUCGUGCCAGCCGAGAUUUUUCCAGCAAGAUUAAGGUCAACUUGUCAUGGGAUAUCAGCAGCGUCCGGGAAGCUUGGGGCAAUUGUGGGUGCUUUCGGGUUCUUAUAUUUAGCUCAGAGCAAAACUAAACCAGAUAAAGGCUAUCCUAAAGGUAUUGGGGUUAAAAAUGCACUCAUCAUUUUGGGCGUCAUCAACCUUUUAGGAGCUCUUUUUACCCUUUUAGUGCCCGAAGCUAAAGGGAAAUCACUCGAGGAGAUGUCAGGCGAGAAUGCUGAUAAUGAUGAUGAUGCAGUAAAGCUGGAAGAUGUAUCUAUGGUUGAAGAUGUAUCUAAGGUUGCAGCAGACUAA